AUGUCAUUGAAAACUAAGCGUUUACUAAAAGAUUUCUGUAAAUAUGUGUACUUUGCCGGCGCAGGCAACUAUUGGUAUGAAGAUAUAUACCAAGAGACCACAAUAUACAAAAUGUACAACGUAAUUUCUUUCUCUGUUUACACCACGAUGAUUUUCCUUGAAAACCUUGCGGCGUUGUUUGGAAAUUUUCCUGAAGUGGAGAAAAAUUCUGCGGUUAUGUUUUCUGCCAUACAUAACAUCGUUCUUGCAAAAAUGUUUCUCUUAUUAUACCAUAAAAAAUCUAUAAGAAAAUUAAAUUAUGAGAUGGCGACGGUCGGGGAAAAUUUAGAGGUGGAAUUUGUUAUGAGACGUCAGUACAGGAAAGUUAAGCUCGGUAUAAUCCUGUACAUAAUUUCUGUCUAUUUGUCGCUUAUUGCUUAUGGUGUUGAGAGCACAAGGAGAGCAAUUAUAGAAGGCACCCCAUUUUACACAGUGGUCACAUAUCUACCGUUUUACGAUAGCACUACUGUCUUCGCAUCAUUUCUCCGCAUAUUUUUCUAUAUAACCUGGUUGUACAUGAUGCUGCCAAUGAUGUCAGCCGACUGUAUGCCGAUCACGCAUCUUAUCGCAAUGACGUACAAGUUUAUCACGCUGUGUCGCCACUACAAGAGAAUCAGGACAGAGUUUGAUAAAAAUAUGUUGACGUUGGGCGUAAGAGUAUCCGCGGCCAGAUUGAAGGCUGGUUGCUUGGAAGGUAUAAGAAUGCACCAGAAAUUAAUGGCUUUGGCUGACGAGAUACAUCGUGUUUUCGGAAUAAUAAUGUCACUUCAGGUGUGCGAAAGUUCAGCAGUCGCCGUUUUGCUGUUGCUGCGAUUAGCGCUCUCACCACAUUUGGAUUUGACCAAUGCGUUCAUGACAUAUACUUUCGUCGGUUCAUUAUUUUUGUUGCUUGCAUUGAAUUUAUGGAACGCUGGGGAAAUUACUUAUCAGGCAUCCCUUCUAUCAAACGCGAUGUUCUACUGCGGAUGGCACCUAUGCGUUACUGAAAAGGAAUCACAUCGUGAAAUCAAGACACUUGUCUUGAUCGGAUGUGCGCAGGCGCAGAAACCUUUGAUACUUAAAGCUUUUGGUAUACAGGAUCUGUCGUAUGAAACAUUUGUUUCGGUAGCAAGAAUGACUUAUUCAGUGUUCGCAGUAUUUUAUCAACGAGGCGAAUAAAUACGUGUUGGUCUUGUUAGGUUUCAUUGCACUUAGCACUUUUGUAAAAUGUGACAUUAAAAAUAUUAACUAAAGAAAUUUUAAAAGCAAAGAAAUGAUUUUUUCCCUGAAGAUAACGCAUUUAUAAUG